AUGGGCCAAGAAAAUCACAUCAAGGCUGGUGAGAUUGUUGGAAAGAGACAGAGGACCGACGAGUCUGGCACUGCUGCUGCCCCCCUGUACGAUCCCACCACUGACAGCUGGACGACUCCGCCAACGCCAGAAGCCGCCGCUGCGUUCGCGGCGAAAUACAAGCGAGAGCCAAACUUUGAAGGCGCAGGGUCGAGGGUCCGCACUGAUUCCAACGACGAAGUGGACCUCAAGCUGUCCGAUGACCUCUGGGCAGUAGUCUCGGGCCACCCCGGCAACGCCGAAGGAGUGCUGGUUACGUUCCGGGAUGGAAAGACGAAUCGGCCGGUUAUGUCUCCAGAAGGAGUGACGCUGGAGGUUGCCGUUUCAGGAGCUAGUACUGGAAUCAAAGUCGAACCUUUUUUUGGGGUUUGGCCUGUCGAGACGCACGUGAAGAGCUGGAAGCUGAGCAAGCGCAACGGUCGCACAUACUUCUUUGAGUGCGAGACGGCUUUCAACAUUAGAGAGGCUUGAUCCCGCUUUGAGAUGAAAAAAGAACAGAGUUUUUACGGCGAGGACAACCGAGGCUCGAAGCUUUCCAGAGACUCAGUAUCAGGGGCGCCUUACAAUCCGUGUGCUUAUCAUAAACUGCAAAAGAGUACUUAGAAGCCCCUCGUAUAUCAUUGUAGAAAAGCGGAGACCUGAUCUUCAAAGCGA